ACAUUUUAUCACGGAAAAUCAAGAAGAGUUCUACAAUAUGACCAGAAUGACUCCAAGUGAUUUUGAAGAACUCCAUAACCUAGUUGCACAUAGACUCGAAAAAUUUAGCCGCAGAGAAGCACUUGGAACAAGAUUCCGUUUAACACUGACAUUACAUAUUCUCGCUAACGGUGACAGCACUCGAACAACGGCAUUUUUUUCGGGUAGGCCGAUCAACUGUCUACGAAAUUGUUAAAAAAAUGGUGGCAGUUAUCUGGGAGGAAUUGUCUCCUUGGUACGUACGACCAAGAACUCAACGAGAAUGGAUGUUGAUCGCGGCAGGUUUCCGAGCUAGAUGGUACUUUUCAAACGUUCUGGGCGCCCUGGAUGGGAAAGAAUUCAAAAUACGACCUCUUCCACACACGGGAACUUUGUAUUAUAAUUAUAAAAAAUUUACGAGCAUCAAAAUGAUGGCAACUUGUGACGCUUUCUAUCGUUUCACGUGGGUCGACGUCGGAAAUUUUGUGUUUAGAAACACUCACUUUUAUGAGGAUCUGCGAAAAGGGUGUGUUGAUUUACCUCCCAGCUGUGAAUUGCCGCGAACGAGGAUAAAAAUGCCCUAUUUUUUUAUUGUUGAUAAAAUUUUUCUGGCUACGGAAAAAGUGAUAAUACCAUUUGCUCGCCGCUAUGGCCUUGAUGCUGGGCAAAAGAAUUUUAAUUAUAGAUUAUCAAAAGCGCGCCAUACAAUAGAGGCUGCCUUUGGAAUCCUCACGGCUACUUGGCAGAUUUUAAAGGAUACAUUGAAAUUUAAAGUUGAAACUUCUAUUAAUAUUGUUCUGGCAACAGUUUGUUUGCACAAUUUCCUAAUCACCCGACGUUUGCAACGAGGAGAGGAAGUGCAAUGGGAUCCACAAAAUGACAGAUUUUACGACGUUAAUCCUGAUGAUGAUGACGAUCUACUUCGCGAAGAUGAUGAAGAUAAUAGUUAAGAUAAUCCUGAAGAUAAUGGUGAUGAUGAAGAUGAUGAUGGCAAUGGUGAUGAUGAAAAUCGUCAAGAAAAUCAGCAACGUCAAGAAGAUGCUCAUCUUCGCAGGAUUGAAGGAGAAAAUGAUUUUUUUAUGAUUUUGAAAGAAUUGUAGCGUCGAGUUUUGAACGAAAACCGAGGUAGAUGUUUUUACGAGAUUAGACUGAUAAUACAAGAGAAAAG